AUGCGAGGGAAGAACACACGCGCUUCGCGGGCCGCCCCGACCCGCCGCACCUCUGCGAAAAAGGAGGACAAGGCCCGCAGGUCACAGGAACUGGUGGCAGCAGUAUCCGCUGGAUCGACCCCCUCGUCGAGUGGUUCCUCUGAUGAAUCCUGUGGCGAGGAUCAGGAGGAGGGUCUCCUGAAGAUCCUAUACGCACCCCACGACGUGUUCAUGUGCCCCUUUGCUGAUGACAUCGACAGCAGCUCACGGGAAAUGCUAUUCGACUUCUAUACCGUGAUCAAAGAAGCGAUGUACCCCGUCGAGUGGUGUGUGCGGUUCGACGCAAGCAAGACUCCGUGGUUCUUUUGGUUGAUGAUGGACCCGGCCUAUCUGCACUCCACCCUGUUCACCGUCGCUCUCCUUAACGAUUGGGUACGGGGGACAAAACGGAGCAAGAAGACCAACUACCACAUUGGAAAGACGCUGAAAUACCUGAACCAGAAUCUCGCCAACAAGGACACUGCCGUGGCCGACUCGACGGUCGCCACGAUCGUGACCGUGAGUAUUGUGGCCGAGUUAUUCGGAGAUCAUGCGUCGUCCACCGCUCAUGUUGCUGGGCUCCGGCAAAUAGUCAAACUUCGCGGUGGUGUUGACAGUUUCCAGCAUAAUCUCCAGCUUUACGCCAAGACAUGCCGCGUUGACAUCGGUUGGUCUCUGAUUACAGGAGAAAUGCCGGUCUACUACAGGGAGAAACUGUCGUAUGAGCGAUCGUUCACGUCUAUCUUGGGACCAUGUCCUGGCGGACUCGAGCCUCAGCAGGGUCAUUGUCCCAUACGAAGUUAUGUGGAUUCGCUCGAUCUUCGUUUGAGCAACAUCUUCCAGGAUACGCAAGAUUUUUCUCGGAUGGUCAACUACCUGUUCCGAAUGAAGAAGAUGGACCCCGAUAAGUUCCAGGCACUCAUGACAUCCGUUCAAUAUCGUCUCAUUUACUUGAAACUCGACGACGACGCCGACAUCAUGGCAGAAGCCUUCCGACUGGCGAUGCUCGGCUUCAUCGCCAGUCUCUUUCUCCAUGUUCUCGGACUCAAAAUGAACUUCAUCUGGAUGACGAAUAGAUUUCGAGAGACGCUGAACAAAGUUGACAUGUCGCAGCUGUCAACACCAGCGGCGAAGACGGUCUUUGCCUGGACCUUGGUCAUGGGAUCCAUGACCGUCUUCAGCGAGGCCGACGAUUCGUGGCUGCUGCCAAAGCUGGCCUCUGUUCAAGGGUCACUGGGGCAGACAUGGCCAGAAGCGAAGAAGAAUCUCGACAAAGUCAUGUGGAUCAAUGUCGCACAUGACUUGAAGGGCGUCCAAGUCUUUGGACGACUUGUGCUUCACGUCGCCAAGAUCCCUUCCCCUCCCAGUGCUGGCGAGAGCGAAUUGAGUGCAGCCGACUCAGUAUUCCGAUAUGCCGUCUCAUCCGCUGUCUAG